AGGGGCUGGGCUGGGAGCAGUGGUACCCCAGGCUGGAGGAGAUGGAGGGGGCGUCACACGCACUGACCCGGGGACAGGGCCUGGUUCUGAUCUUGCGGUCGGGGAUCCCCCUCCCGCGCUGCCUCCGCUCCCCGACUCCCUCUGCCCUGAUUGGCUCGGGGCUGGCAGCUGCGGGGACGGAGCUGAGCAGAGACAGACAAAGAGAGAAGUUGGCAGAGAGGGGUGUGCCCUGGGUAGGAACCUACAGCAUGUGGGCGACUCUGGGCCCCUCGUCCCGCUGCCCUGACACCUGCCACAGCCUGGGUCCCGCUGCCCCUGCCAGGAUGCUGCUCCCUCUGCUGCUCCUCCCCUGGGCAUGGGGGGCCCGGGCCGCCUUCCCUCCUGUCCCCCCAGGGUUUGUCACCCUCCGGGUGCUCCUAACCUCCCGAUUCCACAACGCCAGCUCCGCGGACAUGGAGCUGAUGGCCCUGCUGGGCGACCUGGAGACCCACUCCCUGGACUGCAGCACCUGCCAGAUCCGCUUCCUGCAGCCCUGGGCCCAGCAGGGCCUGACCCCGAAGCAGUGGCAGGACGUGGAGCUGCUGAUCCAUCGCUCCCUGUCCGACUUCAUCCUCACAGUGACCAGAAUAGCUCAGCAGCAGGGAAUGGGCUACGCCCCUCCUCAUCCCCCUGCCCUUCCUGCUCCAGACCCCUUUGUUACCCAGGCCUCCCUCGGCUGCGAGCUGCACCCCAACGGCACCUCGAGGGGAUUCUAUGACGCUGCGGGGAACGGCGAGGGCGUCGUGAGCUUUGAGGUGGACGUGGGCACCUGGGUCGCUCGUUCGGAGGAUAAGCUGGCGCUCCACGCCCGGGACCUUCUCAACUGGGAUAAGAGCGCGUCCGCCAGGCUUCAGGUUUUUUUUAGAAUAACUUGCAUCUAUCUGCUCAGGACGUUUGUCGCGUACGGGAAAGAGUCUCUGGAGAGGCAAGAGCGGCCGGUCGCCGUGGUGUUUGCCCGAGCGCCUCCCCCAGCCGGGACCCCCGCGCCGUUACUGCUGGUUUGCCGGGUCACCGGUUUCUACCCCCGGCCCAUCCGCGUGGCCUGGCUGCAGGACGGGGAGGAGGUGGCGCCAGGCGGGCGGCUGAGCUCCAGCGGGAUCCUGCCCAACGCGGACCUCACCUACCAGCUGCGCAGCUCCCUGGCCGUGGAGCCGGGCGACGGGCACAGCUACGCCUGCCGGGUGGAGCACAGCAGCCUGGGGAGCCAGAGCCUGCUGAUCCCCUGGGAGCAGGGCAGGCGCUGGGUCCCUGGCCUGGCCGUGGGCAUCACCCUGGGGGCUCUGGCCGUAGCCGCCGUGGCCGUGGUGCUGUGGUGGAGCAGACACAGAGUCUACCAGGACGUUAGACCAGGAGAGUCCAGGGCUGAGGGCGGCACCGGCCCAGGCGUGGGCAUCGGCCAGUCUCCUGGGGACAUGGACCUUGGGGCUGGAUCCGUGCCUGGCUCCAGGGCUGAGGGCCCCGAGGGCAGGACUGGAUCGGGGCCCUGGGAGAUCGGGGCUCUGGGUGGGGGGUGGGAUUCUUCUCCUUCUGGGACGUUCAGGGGACGUUGGACAUUUGCGGGCACCAUGGGAUUGCUGGGAUCCAGGAUCUGCAGAAAGCCGGUGCUGGCCUGUGCCAUCCAAUAAACUUCUUCCAGGGUGGGGCUGUGACGAAGUGGGACUGUUCUUAAUGUUUCCUCUGAAUAGUGUGGGGGUGCCUCAGUUUCCCCUAGGCAGUUCUUAAGUAUCUAGGGGGUGGGUGUGACGAA